CAAUUUGCAAUUCUUCUGGCGGCCAUUUUAAAGAUCAUCAUUUUAAUUUCGCACGGCGCAAAAUACAUGAAAGAGUACAGAUAUAACACGAUUGUUCUGACGUAUCUCUGUAUUAUCAGGGUGCAAGGAGGCAGUUUUGACCGUCUGACCGUAGCAUUUUACUUUCGCGUUUCCAGAUAAAAGACGCUUGAGCCUGAAGCGCUUGUAGAGAGCUUGUUUUGGAUGUCGCAAGUCGGCAAGUUCACGUCGUCCGGUGGACAAAGAGUGACCAGAUCGAUGAGAUCUCAUCUUGAUGAACAAGAUGGGCUUUGAUGUCCCUAGAACCAAUUUAUUGUAACAGGUGUUUGGUGCACUCACAUCCCGUAUCAUGGAGGGGGAGCGACUACUCCAAUGUAUAAAGAGCAGUACCGAUGUUGAGCCCUUGCUCAGAGAUUUAGAGGUUUACUUGGCUCCUAUCCUGCGGCACAAGACCAGCCCAUCGCAGGAACUGGCGGCAAAGUAUGGGUUAUACUCGAUGAAAGUUCUCCGCGCCUGUGUGCAGCAGUUGACGGUCCUCAAGACCGGCCAUGCCACCAUCAUAGGGAUUAUCCGCAUUGCAAACAGGAGCUACCAGUGCAUCCGCAAGGCCCGGAAACACACCAAGAUGGUGCCGCUGUCGUUGGAGAAGCUGCUGUUUCACAUGGUGGUGCAGAGUAUGGCCAAGGGACUGGUCGCAGACGCCACGGCGUUUGCAAGGAAUCUGCACGAGCAUCUCAGCCUGUGUCGGCAUAACUUUGUCACUGGGGACAGCAUCGAUAACGAGUACGACACGGUGUGCAAGCAGGCCUUCAACCAGCUCUGGAAGGCCUGCGUGGACCUGGAGCACUCCUCCAAGCAGGCGGCCACUAAACACAUGGUGGUGCUGGAUGUCCGGUCACAGUCGCUCGCCUUCUUGAUGCUGACAAGCUACGAAGUCUCCUGGGUGGUCGAGAGAGCUCUCCGGGCCAUUGCCGAGUUUGACCGAGCCAGCAACAACUCUCUGGAUGAGAAUAAUCAAGUGCUUGAGUUCCUUCAAAGUAUCUUGGACACCUUGCUCAACAACCUAGGAGACACCAAGAAAAAUCGGGAACUGCAACCAGAGGAGGCAUCAGAGCUUCUGUCUUCCCUGUUUGAACUGAGUCUCCAGUUUGCAAAGCGUUGUAGUCAUCUCAAGAGACCCGAAGAAGCCCUGACCCUGCAUGAAAAACUCCAAGAGAUUAUCGUCAGCAAGUGUAGCAGACAUUCCCAGAAACUUUACAUUGCUGCAGUCAGCAUGAUUGAAACUACCCUCUGCAUGAGAAGACUUUCGUCAUCGGAUGCCUCCAAAACUGCGAAGAGGUCCAAGUCCCAAAAGCCAGGAGAUCUGGUUGGGACUAUCAAAGAGAGAAUUGAGGGUGUAGUGAGUAGCAUCUCCAAGAUACUCGAACAGGGGGAUCCUGAUUUUAAGGCUGUCCAUUGCCUCGUGGAGGCUCUAGAGUUCUUCAAAAAGAGGUUUGAGGGCGCUUCUAGCCAGCAAGGUAGGUCGGGAAGCCCCUCUCCAACCGCGGUAUCUGAGGAGCUGGUUCCAUCAGUGGAUGCCGCCUUGAAGCUCCUGGUGGACCUGCUCCAGGUGCAGAGAGAGCACCUGCAGACCACCUGCAGCACGGCCAAGGAGUCGUCUGCUGGCAAGGGCAAACAGCAGAGGAUGUCGCUCCAGAAGGCAGUCAACAGACAGCUGGCAGUGCUCAACCUCAUGUCCGUCCUCCUGCUGAAUCGAAUGGACCACACCGAAGCAGCGGCCAGGAGGAUGACAGAGGAUGCACUGAGUGUUUGCCAGAGAACCAAGGCUGUCAUUGAGGAGGUGUCCAGUGGAGCAGGGGGAGCCUUAUCAAACAAUGAGCACAGGUGGUUAGGGACCAAUGCAUAUAACCUGGGCCUAAUGUGCUACAGGAAGAAAUGGUACUUAGACGCUGUCCCACUGUUGAGCGUGGCCUGUGAGCAACUGCAGGUAUGGUGUGUUACAAAGGAACUUAUGGAUGAGGAAAAAGUCAACAAGGUCCAGCUGCCAAGCAAGUACGAACUCCUGGUUGACUGCCAACGAAAGGCUGGCCGGCACCGCGAGGCCAUGCAGACAGCCGUGACCUACCUCUGGGCCCACGCCAGUCACCUGACAGAUCAGCUGACCACUCCCGUAGAGUACUGGGUCAAAGCCAAGAGAGAUAUUGUGAAAAGUGCAGAGGACGAACAGCUCAGAACAAGGACCCUGUUUGAUGCCAUUCAGGAAAUGGAGGGAACCAUCUCGGACGAGAGCUGUAGUCUUGUCUCCAGGCUGCUUGAACAGGAACUCAGCAUCUACAAAGCACAAAGAUAUGAUACCACCGUAGAGCAAUACGCCGUAGUGUGUGAUCUACUCAGCCUGUACAGCGAUGACAAGAUGAGACUGCACCGAGCACACGCCCACAUUGAGCAGGCCCAGCUACUCCGAGAUGGCACACUGGACACUGACUGCUCUCCCGUUGACUGCUGCAAAGAGGCGCUUCACCUUCUGGAGGACCUGGCCCAAGACUUCCUGCAGCAGCAGCAACAGGAGCAGAGCAGCAAAGACUACCUGGUGGUGUUUGAUUUGCUCGCCACGGCCCACUUCUGGUUGUACAUCUGCCAGAGCGAGGCAAAUCAGGCAACUUACAUCACCUCCCAGUUCCCCAGCACCAAAGAAGAUCCCGUCCAACCAGAGUCCCUCGAAGCACCCACCGCCAAGAAGGACAAAGCCUCCAGCUACGUCCCGUCCACCUCCUACACCUUAGCAGCCGAGCAUGCGGCCACCGAGCCGCUGGACCGGGCCCUGGACAUCUGGAGCGACCUCAUGACCGCAGACGGCUGCAACCAGUCCAUGUUCAACGAUCCAUCCUCCACAGGUUACUGCCUGAAGGUGGCUGCCUCGCUGUGCGAACUGGCCGACAGGCCUAUCCAGCAAGUCCAAGCCUUGAACCUCCUGGCCCUCCUGUCCACCGCUACCUCAUCCAACGAGGAUACCAUCCUGGCCUACUGUCAGAUCAUCCAAGCACUGUGUCGCCUGGGAGCCUUCCAGGAGGCUGAGAGUCUGCUUGCCCGUGCCCAGACUCUGAUGGGGAAGGCGGUGCCUGAUGGUGACGAAGGGACGGGAUUGGAAGCUGCGUUCACGAUCACUAAGUGCUAUGUUAUGCUCGCCGCUCGCAAGAUUGGAGAUUUUGAAACACUCCUGGGGAAAGCCCUCCGGAUCCACGGCCACAAGCGCCGUUCCCGUCAGUCCUACCUCCGGAACGCCUCCCUCAAGCACCUCCAGGCCCUCUACCUGCUGCGCCCACCCACGGAGCGAUCCCAGGAUGUGUCGGUACGCCGCGACCUCAUCCCCGACGACCUCUCGCCCCUGGAGCUCCGGGCGGAAGCCAUGCGGCUCCAGAUGGGGGUGGGCAGGUUGGUGCUGGGCGAGGCGGUGUUUGGCAGCGAGCAGAGCGUGCAAGGAGACGGGUUCAAGCUGGCCGCUGUAGGCAAUGAUUCAGGCUGGAACGACAUAGAGUUCAACCAGUGGACGGUGCUGGCCAGCGUGCUGCAGUCUCUGUACGACGUGGGCAGUCUGUACAUGGAGCAAGGAUGCACCAGGGAGGCUAAGAGUUAUCUCAAGGAGGGCCUCGUACUCGCAGACAAGUUCAUGCUGCCCAGAAGGUCCGUCGCUUUUCUACUCCAGCUCUCCAACCUGCACACCCAGUGCGGUCAGGAGGAAGACUGCCUCGCCAGCCUCUCUGCGGUCCAGCAGGUCCUUCACCUCCCAGAGAAGGCAUCUCAACUGAGACGGCGCGACAACACAUCGGUAGAUGCCCAGGACAAGAAGAACAAGCAUGGGUCGGAUACCCACGUGGAGACUGAUGAGGAUGACAAUGAUGACAACUUCAUCAGGACCAAGAGGAUCUCCAUCUCGGCGGAGUGUUCCUCAAGAGGGACAUUCCUUGGAGACACUGACACCACCUCAUCCCCUUCUCUGAAAACUCAAACUGUCAAGCUACCUGGUUACCACACCCACCCUUCGGACUGCUUCUGUGCAUCCUGCUGCGAUGUAUCCCUCCACGUACAGGAAGUCUCGUCGUUCUUACGGAGAGCCCAGUGUCUUGAACUUCAGGGUGAAGUCAGCCAAGCCCUUACGAAUCUUCAAGUGGGUCUGGAUGCGGCAGCAUGGAGCUCAAAGAAAUCCCAGGUACUCCUGUGCAAGAGUUGCUCCUGUUUGCAGAAUGUAGGAUCUGUAAAACAGACUAAAGGAAAGGAGGUGAAACGGCCCAAGUCUAAGCAGAGUAGCCCUGAUCAAUUCAAUAUGCAUCCUGAAACAGCCACCGAGAUUCAUGCAUGCAUUGCAAGGCUGACUUUGCUGAACAGCAGUCUUUCAGAAGCUGAACGGACCAUCAAGAGAGGCUUGGAACAAUCCACCGAUGAAAGUAUUCCCAAAGCGUGGUUGCAGUUUUAUGAAAUCCUUGUCACACUAGAACUUAAGUCUCAACGAACCAAUACAACAAUCAGCGAUCUAAUAUUCUCAAUGUGGGAUUUGCAGUCCAGCAGUAAACAUCACAAGGACGUACAGGCUCCCGAAGAAGAUCUUGCAUCGCAGUUUGACCAACUGCACCUGGGGAAGCAAGUCAGCAAGCGCCUGGCACAGUUUCAAGACUCGGUGUUCUCUGAAAGAAUGCACAGACCUGAGGUCUCUCGGAAACGCUCUGAUAAAGUGACUGAGCCUGGUAUCUUUUGUGAUAUCAGCGAUGAUGAUGAUGAUUCUAACGGUGUCCCGAACAUGGCGGUUUGCUCUGCCAAAAGUACUAAGAAGCAGCGGCAAGUGACCAAAGCAACACCACAUAAUCUAGGGUUGAGUUCCAAGAAAGGAGCCCUGAUGUUCAGCGUGAGGAAGAAAAGACCUGCCAAGAAAGUUGUCCAGGAUGAAGUAACACCUCUCAAUUCGGCCGCACUGAGCGCUUUCGAUUUUGAUGAGCCAAGCCCCUCUGAGACCAAGAAGAAAGGAACACGAGGGAGACCCUGCAGAAGUGCAAAGACCACUGCUAAACGCAACGCGAAGAUCAUCAAUUUGUUCGAUUCGGAUGUUGAUGAGGUUUUCGAAGAGGAAAUAGAGACAAAGAACUGCAAGACCGCCACGGGAUCAAAGAGACGGACGGCCAAAAAAUCGGUGAGGAUCAAUCUGGAUUCUGAGAACUUACCAAAUCCACUUGAAACUGAAGACUUACAGGAGGAACCUGCUUCAUCAAAACCUUCAAGGAAAUCUAAACAACCAACAGGAGUAAGCGAAGACAGCACGGCUAAACCUAGGCGGGGUCGGAAACCCAAACCAACGGACACAGAACCAUCUGAACCAUCGACGUCACGAUCGCGCCGUGGCCGGAAACCCAACACAGAGAAUUUGCGGUCAGAGGUCGUGACCCGGGUCAGCGAUGAUAUACUUCAGGAUCUCCUCUCAACCUCCCUAGAGCUUGAAUCCCCGGUUAAGAUGCACCCACCAUCCCUCCAAAGCCCUAACCUUAGUGACCUACGUUUUGACUUUGAAACCAACCAAUUUUCUAGGAACAUCCCCACCCUGAACCCUCUCCCCAAUGGUACCUCCCUUGUCCUCCAAGAUCUGGAUGAGAUCGAAAUCCCGCGUGCAGGGUGCGACUCGGACUCAGACGAAUCAAAAAGCGCCAUCAACAUUCGUCGGAAAACAGCCAGAAAACCUGCGGCAUCGAGAAGGAAGACUGGUGAACGGUGUAUCGUGGAGGAUACGGAGGUGUUAAGGGGAACAAAGAACACCGCGGUAGAUGCUGAGUCAACUAGGAAAAAGACACACCAACCUGCACAGUCUGGAAAGGCUCAAUCUGGAUUAAUCAACCCAGACACCAAUCUGGCCUCGAUUAUCUCCACCCUGGAGCAAAUGAAUACCCAGGUGCGUCACCGUGCCCCCGCCCUCCUGUAUCGCCGUGUGUGUCAGCUGCUGGCCGCCUGCUGUGGUGACAGGGACCCAAUCAAGGCGGCUUACUACCUGAGCGAAGCCACGGCAGUGACCCUCCGACAUCAGAAGCUGGCCAGCCUAGCCAAGAAGAUGAAGAAACUGAAGAAAGAGAUUGACGCGGACAGCGUCCAGAACCUGGCGGAAUCCCUGGCCACGAUGGCACUGGAUUGUAACAGCAAGGAUGGCCGGACACACAAGAGCAACCUGAAGCAUCUUGUCAACCAGAGAGCCUUGUUCACGUUCAGUCAGGACCCUGCAGGGGACACCCACCUUGAUGUGGUGCAACAGACAAUCAAUGCUCUGCCGGAGGGAUGGACAGUGUGUAUUCUGUCGGCCGUCUCAUUCAGUGCAUCUCUGACUGGUAGCCUGACGGACGGGGACCGGUUAAUCAUGUGCCGUCUCAGUAGAGGUAACACACCGAUCAUCGUCAAUCAAGCUAUGAGUCCCAGUGGGCAAGGCCCGUCGGCCGCAAGCCUCCUGGAGGAGUUUGACAGCAUCCUGACAGAGAGCAAGCUCAGCGUCAAGGAGACAGACAAGAGGGCCUGGUGGACCUGCAGACAGGAGCUAGACCAACGCAUGCAGGCCUUAACGGAUGCGAUGGAGGAGACUCUGUUAGGACAAUGGAAGGGGCUGCUGAUUGGACAAAGGAGGAACAAGGAAGAGCGACGAACCAUAGCCCUGGCUGCAGACAAACUCAAGACUCGGGUGGAGUCUGCCGGCCAGAAAACGGUGGACUCACAGCUCUGUCAGUGCAUCUUGGAGUCUUUCCCCAAGCUCAGCAAACCGCACCUGAAUAGCGCCCUCGCCUGUUUGACGGGUCUCCAGCCAGGCUCCGAGGAGCACUCCAGCCUCGUUUCGUCCUUCAAGCAGCUCACUAAAGACUUGGCGCCGGCUACAGGCAGGGAACCAGUUAUACUGAUUCUGGAUAAGCAAAUCCAGCAGCUUCCGUGGGAGACCACGCCCGCUCUUAGGGACACGCCCAUCUGUCGGAUGCCCAGCCUGUACUUCAUCCUGUCCCAUCUCAGGUCCCGUGGCUCCUCCAACCCCGCCUCUGACCCCAGUCCCGCCCUGGACCCCUCCGAUACCUUCUAUGUCCUGAAUCCGUCCAACGACCUCGCCAACACGCAGAAGACCUUCCAAAAGUGGUUUGAAAAGGAGAAUGGCUGGAAGGGGGUUGUCGCUAGACCUCCCACCAAGGAGGAGUACAGAUCAGCUCUGACGGACCACCAGCUCUUUGUCUUUUGCGGUCACGGCAACGGACGAGAGUUCCUGACAGGGGACGACAUCCAACGACUGACCUGCCGUGCUACAAGCCUUCUGAUUGGCUGUAGCAGUGGCCGGCUCCACGCCACCGGUAACCAGGAAGCCAGCGGCAUGGUGCUGAACUACCUAGUGGCUGAAUGCCCGUGUCUGGUGGCCAACCUGUGGGACGUGACCGACCGCGACAUUGACCGCUUCCUGGAGCAGCUCCUAAGAGCCUGGCUGGACGGGGGAGGGAGUCUUCUGGACGGCAUGGCGGAGGCCAGGCAGGCCUGCAAGCUGCAGCACCUCAUUGGGUGCUCCCCGGUUGUGUACGGCCUCCCUGUGCGCCUGUGGGAUAACUGCCGGUGACGUUUCAAAUCAUUGGUUCUCACAUAUACAUGUACACAGAUGUGUAUGACUUUCUUUGGAUGGGAUAAUGAUGAAAACCUUGUGAAGGGAAAGCCGUGUCCAAGAGGGAACUUAGAGGCUAUGGCUCUGCAUUGUUACCAUUGUUAAGGUAUGGUGAACAGCCGUAGCUGUAGACAAUACCGUUUCAUAAACUGCCCUUUAAAUUUAUGGUUAUUUAUGGUAAUUUAUGGUAAUUUAUGGUAAUUUAUGGUAAUAAAUUUUAAAUUCAGUAUUCACUUGUUUGGGUUCCAAAAGUAAAAUUGUUUCUUAUUUGUAGCAGAGGAAUUUUAACCACAGUGAAAUACUUGGGUUUUGUCCUUUGUCAGAUUUUGAGUACAUUAGUGUUUUUUAAGGCCUUUAGUUUCAUAAAUGGAAUAAUUAGAAAUGAUUACAACUGCAGUUACAUGAAUUAAUAACGUAUUUUUGUUCAGUCCGUUAUUUUUUUGUUACCAAAUUUCAAAUAGUUUCAAAAAGAUUAUUUUUAUUUUUUCCCCGAGUUCUCAUAUAAAUUUUGUCAAGAUGUCAUGUAGUUCUGUAUCGACCAAACUAAAUAAGAAGUCAUUAGUCCCCUUGUCUUUAGGGGGACUACAUAUUACCCAAUUUGAUUUUAGUAAGUUGAUUAGUGUGAUCUCAAACUCUAAUUAAUGUGAAAAGCAAUGAAUUUAUUUACUGUUUUCCAAAUUAACAUCUGUUUUUCAUUGACAUACAUAUAGUUU